AUGGCAUGCUUCAGCCACCCAGGAGAGAAAUUCAGAUUUCCCUAUCCAGUCUUGUAAGUAAACAACAACAAUAAGUGAUCACGCAGUUUUUGGCACAUGCUGAAAACUUACCUGCUUACUGAGGCUUUUGCUAUCAAGUAUACCAGCCACUUGUCAGAACUAUUCUAGUUAAACGGAGUCUUGAAACACUGCUGGAUUUAUUAUUUUAUCUUUGUAUUUUCAAUGGAUUCUACUGUAAGCUACCUUGAAAUACUCUUCAUAAUAGGAAAGGUAUUUACUUAAUUUACUAGCUGGCUAGAGACUGCCCAAGAAGGGAGAACAUCCCUCUUGCAUUUCUCUGCUGGAUGUGGAGAAUGGAGGCUUCUUGCCUUCUUGCUUGCCAUGCUAGAUGUAAAGAGGGGCUUAACAUCUCAUCUUUCCUCUGCUAGUCCACUUACCCACCUGUAUAAAGCUCUGUGCUGUCUCAAAGGGAGCUUAUAAAUACAAGGCUGACUCAAUGGGAAACUAAGCACAAAUACAGGCAUCCAGACCAAUUAGACUUUAAUCUUAAAAUCUUGAGGAUUAAUAUGUAGUCCAAGUGCUACUAUUAGGCUCUCUUCCAACUUUUUUUGUUGGGGGGGUCACUACAUGGCCACAACAGUGUCAUGGGCAACAGAAGAUAGUGGCCAGUGACAAAUAUGGUGGCAGUCAAAGAUCCCAGAGAAUCUGACACUCUCUUCUUAAUGUGUAUUCUAAGCCUCAUGUUGAGAAGCAGAAAAUACAUGGGAGACAAUAUUUGGAUAUAACCUACAUAUAUGACAAUAAAACGAGCAAGUUUUCUGGGAGAGGGGUGUGUGAUCAUCAUUGUUGCCAUUUAUUUAUACAUUUCCACAUACGUGCAUAGCAGGGCUAACCAAUGUGGUACCUUCCAGAUUUUGUGGACCACAACUCUUAUCAGCAUGUCCAAUAGUCGUGGAUUAUUAGAAAUGUAGUCCACCAACUUCUGGAGGGAACAAACUGGCUACCUCUGCUUGAGUGCAACAAAGAUUAUAGGUCCCUGUCCUGAAGACCUUGCAAUUCUGUUCAACUACUAAGCUUCCAUUUGGUUUCAGCAGGGAAUGAGAACUGCAACGUCCUAAAGGGUUGUAGCACUACAUAACUCAAUACAUAGCAAUAUAUAUAACUAUAUAUGCACACUAUAUAUGGCACCCUUUCCAAACCUGGUGGACUCCAGAUGAUUUUGGACUGCAACCCCCACAGGUAUGCUAACCAGGGAAGGUGGGAGUUAUAGCCCAACAACACCUGGCAGGAAAAGCUUGAAGUUCUUUCUCGUUUAGUUUUAAGAUGCUAAAUUAGGUUAGGUUACUUACAGCACUUCUGUAUGGCUUGAUUUUUUGUGUUCAUUAAUAUUACAGUUGUCCCUAAUUGUUCUUAAUGGUUUUUGGGUUUUUUUGGAGUUAUGAUAAUUAUUGUUCAUUUGGUAUGUUGUGAGCCACUUUGAGGUUCACUGUGGAAAAACUGCAUACAAAUAAACUGAUGAUGAUGAACUACAGGCUCCGCUCCAGAGACGGACCUAAAAAAAAUUGACAACUCUUUGGACUCUCUGGUUGGUGUUUCAAACUAAAAGUAUUUCCCAGGGCAGGCCACUUCAAAACAGUGAUACAAGAAUUUCAUUGACACACACUGCUGAAGACUGUCUGGGACAUAAAUCAAGAGAAAGCAACAUUACACUACAUUUAUUUGUUUUUUAUAACCUUCACUCAAGGCUAUAAAACAGGAUACAAGUAUUCUCUGGAUGCCAAUUGCUUCUCAGAAACUCUGGGUCACAGUUGAAGCUUUCAAUAAUCUAAGGCAGGACUUCCCAAACUUCAGUCCCCAGACUUUUUGGACUACAGUUCCCAUCAUCCCUGACCGUUGGUCCUGCUAGCUAGUGAUGGUGGGAGUUGUGGUCCAAAAACAGCUGGAAACCCAAAUUUGGGGAACUGUGGUCUAAGGAAUUAGUGAUCAUCAGACUAUGCUGAAAAUUGUCAAAGCCUUCUUUUGUAUGAACUUCAAAAAGCAAAUAGUUUCAAUGCAUACCAACAGACAUAGAGCUCCUGAGACACAUCAGUAUACACAUUUGCUAUCGUACUUCAUCUACCAACAAGACCAAAUAUCCAACCUCCCUGUUAUUCUUCUUUAGUUGCACAGUCUGUUUUUAGUUUUUUGCAAUUUCUUGAACCAUUGUGAAAUGUCAAAUAUUCUAGAAUUUCCCUGUUCUUUUGUUAACCUUUGAAAACCACAUUAAACACACCCUUUUUAACAGAUUUUGCAAUGGGGGUGAGCAAGCAAGCAAGCAGGCAGGCAGGCAUAUAACAAGGCCAAAGUUGAGCACUUUUUAUGUCCCCUUGAUCUCACUGGGGACAGACUGGUCAUUGUGCUUAACUCCUCCACUGAAAAAAAAUGCAAGUCUAAAAUGCUUGGGUUUGCCUGGAUUGUGGUCCAUGAGUUCUGCCUCUCCCUGCCAUCACAACCAAUUUGUUUCCAGUAUUAUGCUGUAGCACUCUUAGUUAUGUACACUGUAUUGUGGGACCAAGAAGCUGGUGCUCAAGCUACACAAACACUCCCUGUCCUUUAUCAAAGGAGUUACAGCCUGCAAUCAGGUAAUUCUAAGCAUAACAUGCUCAUCCAACUAAGCCAGCAUAGCAAAUGCCUCAGGGGGUGGGGCAGUGGCAGGCAGAUGGCUGUGGUGUCAACUGAUUUUCAUUCUCCCUCCCUCCCCCACGCCUUUGCAGUGUGCGUCUUGUGUAUGUGCACUGUUCUAAUUCCGGUUCAGUUCCUCUCUUAAAACUUCUUCUAAAACCAACACCAAAUGCCAAAUCAGAUAUAUACAGGAAUAAAAGACAACAAGUUUACUGUUUUUUACCACUCCCUCUUGUAAAAGUCAGAAAAACCUCGUUCUUUCCCCAACCACACAAUAUUGUUGCCAAACCAGUACUAAUCUUGUGCUGGCUAAGUUUAUCCCCUCACACACACUUGCAUGGAUAAAGCCUUUGUAUUUCUAACACUUGUAUUCCUAACACAACCUAGGCACUUCUGGGGUGCACACACCCUUGCGGCUUCACUUCUCUCUCCUACAGCAAUCAGAUUGUCAACAGCCCAGCAACACACACACACACCUCUCCACCCCAUCCUAGCUUUGUAAACAAACACACUACAGAAACUAUAGAAGCAAGCAUGAGUGCUUCAUCCCACAGAUCUGGCUACCAUCAUGGUGUUGUUUCAUUUGAAGCAGAUCAGCUCUAAAACACCUUCAGAUAAAUUUUAUGGACUCCCAUGUAGCUGAAAGGAGAAGGGCCAAGAAACAGAGAGAGUGGGGCAUGAAACCAGACUACACGGGCCAGUCUUUGUCAACCUGCUGCCCUCCAGAUGUUUUGGGCUGUAACUCGCUUCAGUCCCAGCCAGCAUGGCCACAAUGACUGGGGCUGAUGGGAAUUGCAAUCCAAAACAUGUGGAGGAUACCAGGUUGGCAAACAAUACCAUAGAUGUUGACAUCAAACCACCACGAAGGAAAACCAUCUCAAGGACCUCCCUAUUCACCUGUCUUCACCUACAAAAGAAAAACAUGGCACCCUACACUUUGAAACUCCCUGCGUACUGAGAUAUAGCAGACAUCUUCACUGUACUCUUUCUGGCAUCUACUAAAAACAUUCCUGUUUAGAAAAGCCCACCCAGAUGCCUAGAAAGUUGAGAUGAUUUUAAUUUGCUUUAGGAUUCUAACUUUUGUAUGUUUUGAAGUGGGGUUGUAAAUUUUUCUUGAUUUUACAGUGGUACUUUGGUUUUCGAACUUAAUCCAUUCCAGGAUUCCGUUUGACUCCCGAAACCAUUAAAAAACCAAGGCACAGCUUCCGAUUGGCUGCAGGAGCUUCCUGCACUCAAGCGGAAGCUGCAUCAGACAUUCGGCUUCCGAAAAACGUCCGCCAACCAGAAUACUUACUUCCGGGUUUGCAGCAUUCGGGAGCCAAUUUGUUCAGCAACUAAGCCAUUCGAGAAGCAAGGUACGAGUGUACUGUUUUAUCUUUUGUAAACCACUUUGAAGUGUUUUAAAAUCAAGCGGUGUGUAAAUUUUAUUACAUAAAUAAAUAAAAAAUCCAAGAUAAAUAUUUUUUCAGCCAGCCUUUCCUAAGGAUCUGGCAAAGCUCUGCAAUCCUCCUCCAUUUGGGACAACACUAGGUCAGCAGCCCAAAUCUUCUAACUUCCAUGGUUCCCCUCAAUCAAGGUACAGAAUGAGGGGCUGAGCUGAGAAGAUCCAUGAGUUAAGAGCUCAAGCUAUCAACUCACCAUUACAUGAGUAGUCAGUACCAGCCUACAUCUCAGGGCUUUUUAUGCACAUGACACAUACAGAGAUGUUACUGUACAGUCAUACCUCAUGUUGCGUCCACUUCAGGUUACGUCUUUUCAAGUUGCGUUCCAGAAUGGUUACUUCUGGGUUUUGCUGCUCAUGCAUGUGCAGAAGUGCUAAAUCGCACUUUGCACAUGCGCAGAAGCACUAAAUCACCCUUUGCGUAGACGUGGCACUUCUGGAUAUGAACGCUUCGAGUUGCGGAUGUGCCUCCAGGACAGAUUACGUCCGCAACUCGAGGUUCCACUGUACUGAAAGAGGCCCCCAAUUAAAACCUCAGCUGCAGCAUCACUGGCUACCUUUAUGAACGCUACUUUUCUCUCAGUCUUUCCCACAAAACACAUACUUACACUGCAGAGCUACUCAAACCAGCAUAACUUACAGGGCUGUUCUGUGGACUAUUAACCCAAAACAUGUGAAGGCUCAUAGCAUGGACACCAAAAUAUUGCCUGAGACAAAGAAAGGCAGCUACAGAAAUUUUACUGCACUUGUCUCAGGUACUUUUUAGUGGAAACACAACACAAACAGCCACUAUAUUGUCAUCACUGCUAAUAAUACUGUGUCAUGAUUAUUAUUUUAAAUAUCAUCAAUAACAACAAAAACAACCCAGUUUAUUCAGUAAAUUUAACUUUCACCUUUCCUCUGAGGAGCUCAAGGCAGCAGGCAGGGCGGGCCUACUCCCCUCCCCCUGCUUUUAUGCUCACAACAAUCCUGUGAAGUAGGUCAGGCUGAGAAAGAGAACGACUGGCCCAAGGUUGCCCACUGUGUUUUAUGACUGAAAGGGGAUUUGAACUUGCGCCUCACCACUUCUCGUGCAAUACUCUCCAUCACACUGGAGUCUUCGGGAAUGGUGAGACAGCACAGAGGAUAUGCAACACCAAAGCGACACCAGGUGUUAGCAGGAGCAACAGGAGCAUCCCAAUUCAACUGCAAAUAAUUUAUUUUUAUUUAACAUCAUUUGUAUACCAAAUUAUGAGGCCCUUCUUUGUGUGCCCGCUCCAAGAGAGCAUUAUCAUGACAACAGCAGUAGCUUUUAUGUUAGGAAUGCAGAACCUGGUGUCCUCCGUAAAUUGCUGUUCACCAACUCCCAUCAGCCCCACCCAGCAAUGUGAUCAAGAAUGAUAGGAGUUACCAGCAAAGGAUUUAGGAGCGGGUGGUUCGGCCGCAUAGGAAGGUGAGCCGAGGGGGUGCAAAAUAAUAAUAUGAAUGCCUACAUUUAUACGGGCAUCUACUGAGAAGAUCCAUAAAAAAGCAACUGUACAAAGAGGAAUUACUGUUAAAAUAAGUAAUAUAAGGAAGAUUUUGUUACACUCCAGCAGCAGGAAUCCACAUAGGGGAUGUAGUCAAGAAAGAAAGGAUUGCAGAACCUGAAAGCAUUUAGUGACCAAGGGGUGACAUGACAAACGUUUGUAAGCGUUAUGCAUGGGCCAAAUGAACCAACCAAAACCCUGCAAUCGCCACCUGAGGCCCUUCUUCUUAUGCCUCCGCUGUGAGAGGUCCGGAAGGUGGUGGCAACACCAGAACGGUCCUUUUCUGUGGUGGCUCCCCGUUUAUGGGAUGCUCUCCCAUAAACUCCCUGGCAGCAUCAGGGACCGUACCUGAGCGGGGGGGGGGGGCGGGUGGCAACCCCUCUUCAACCAGGCCUUGAGCUUACUGACAUCCUAUAUAUAUCCUUGGAAAGGGGUUUGUGGGAAUCGGGGCGGGGGGGGGGUAGGUUUACUGGUCUGUUUUGUUCUUGUCAUUACGCAUUUUGUGCUUUAACCUUUCAUUUUCAUGCUGUGAGCCGCCCUGGGAUUAACGGAUGUAGGACGGUACAUACAUGUCAUAGCUACCCAUAAUAAUAAAUAAUGGAGAGCCGGCCCCCAGCCCCACCCACCCCUCGAUCCCUGAGACCAGGGAGCGCUAAGCGCCCGGCCAACCGCUGCUUCCACACAGAGGAGCGCCGACCCUCCCGAGGGUGAGGCGGGCGAGGGCGGCGGCUGCUUCUCCCUCCCUCCCUCCCUCCCUCCCUCCCUGCCGCCGCCCCCCCGGCCGGCCCAGCCCCGGAUCCUCUCAGGGGCGGCCAGCGCCCUCCCGCCCCACAACCCGGCUCAGGUACGGGCUGGGCGGCGCCCGGCUUACCCUCUCGAAGGCCUCCGUCUGCCUCCCCGGGCAGCGGGAAGAGGAGGAGGAGCAGCAGCAGCAGCGCAGCCGCCGCCGCCGCCGCCACCGCCGGGCCUCAGUCGGGCCGCCUCGCAACCUCGAUCCCGCCCCCCGCCUCCGCCUCCUUCCCCGCCUUCCGCCGUCACGUGACCGGGGCUCGGCCGGAAGACGGGCGCCCGGCCACUUCCGGCUCCCAGGGCUUCCGGGCCCGCCCCCCCCGUCCUCUUCCUUAGCAACCCUUCUAUCCCUCUCCUCUCGGAAAAGAAGCGGCGCCGGAAGUGGGGCUGCGGGGGGGGGCGUUGCGGGGAUUCAAGCUUCCGGUGGCGGAGGAGGAGGAGGAGGAGGAGGUGGCGGCGGAGGAGCUCCGCUGUCCGCGCGGUCCUUCCCGCGCCCCUCGGGCCAGCCCCGUGGCUGCGCCGCCUGGGGGAGGCGGAGAGGAGGUGGGGUGAGACUGGGGGGCUGUGGCGGGGCCGGUGAUCUUCCCCGCUUGGUCCCGUCCCAGCCGUUGGCUGGUGGAACUCGCGGCCACUAGACCUGGCGGAGGUUGUCCCACCUCAGGAGCGCUCCGAUUGCCGGUGGGGGUGGGGGGGGCGUUACGAGGCGGAGCCCAGCCCACCAUCGCCCUCCGCAUUCAUGACAGCGGUCCGCCGCUCCGUAAAUGCAGCUGGAGGUUGAGAGGCGUGGUUGGGCUAAAAGGAGGGAGUGGGGACGUGGAGGUCACGGAGUGGGGCUUGAGGGUGGUGGUUGUUUUGACAGCGCGCUUGAUGUGGACGUGAGAGCUGCUCUUGUGCCGCUGCAGCAGCGCUGCUUCUGGGCUUCCUAGAAUAAGCAUCUGGUUGCAUCUGGUUGGGGGCUGUGAGGACGGAGGCUGCGCUAGAUAACCUCCCCACACACUGGAACAAUAGGAGGGAAGACUGCAGCCCUUGUGCUCGGAUCCUGCUUGCGGGUUUCCCUUUGCGGCAUUUGAGGUUGCCUACUGUGAGGACAGGGGACUGGACUGAGUUGGCCGCUAGCCUGAUCCUGCAAGCUCUUCCUAUGCUCGUGUUUUGCCCCAGGGCAGUGAUGGCCACUAAUUUGGAUAGCUUUUAAAGAGAAUUAGCUGAAUUCAUGGAGGAGAUAAGCUACUGUCAAUGGCUGCUGAGCAGGAUAGCUCUGUUCCACCUCCGUGAUUGGAGGCGAUAAUGCUUCUGAAUACUAGCUGCUGGAAACCAUGGGAGGGGAGAGUGUUCUUGUGCUCAUGUUCUGCUCCCUGGUUUCCCACUGGUAUCUGGUUGGCCACUGUGAGAACAGGUUGCUGGACUAGAUGGACCACUGACCUUAUCCAGCAGGCUCUUCGUAUGUUUGUGAGUGAGUACUGUAGUGAUCCUCUCUUCUCAGUGUUGAAUUCGAAAGAGCCAAAGUACAGUCACGUGAGGAGCUGGUGACCUUCAAGAAGGCGUCUGUGUAUCUUUCUGGGCAGGAGUGGGUUCAGCUGGUACCUUCUGUGUGCAAAGCAAGUACUCUAUGUCUGAGUUGUGGCCUCAGCACCAUCCCACACCAGCUGUGUCAUCUAGGGCCAUUUAGUCCAGCCCCCUGCAGUGCAAUAAUCAGAGCUAAGGAAUACCUGACAAGUGGCUGUCCAGCCUCCCUUUCAAAACCUCCAGUGAAGAGGUUGAUGCCUUUGUCUUUCUCGGUGCUUAAUGUCAUUGGUAGGUUUAGGAUGAGAUGGUGCAUCUCUGCUGCUUUGAUUGCUCAGAAACACCUCCCCACCCCCCACAGUUAUUAAGUUUAUUUUCCAUUUUGUUUGUUUGUAAGGCUGGAGUCCUGUGCACGCUUAUCUGAGGGUAAGCUCCACUGAACUUAGUAAGACUUAUUCCUGAGUAAAUGCAUUCGGGGUUGCACUGCAAAUAACCUAAUUUCUGAGGUACUUUCCAACAGCUAAUUUCCACAGUCCAGUCACUUCUUUCAGCAAUAUUGGGUUUGGGACAAGCAGGGAAACUGAGAAAACAGUAAUUAUUGUGAUGAUGUGAUCAUUACGAGAGCCACAGGGGAAGAAACUAGUACAGUCUUGAAACUAUUUCUUUCUGUGGCAUUCACAGUAUUCAUCCACUUGCCCCUUUCAGGUUUGUCAACAUGACCAUGAGAACUGAUAGCCUCCACUUCCAGUUCGACAACUAUGGGGACUCCAUGCUGCAAAAAAUGGACAAGCUGAGGGAAGAGAAGAAGUUUUGUGAUGUCACGGUCCACAUAGACAACCUUGAGGUUCACGGCCACAAAAUAGUCUUUGCUGCUGGCUCCCCUUUCCUAAGGGAUCAGUUCCUGCUGAAUGACUCCAAGGAAGUGAAAAUCUCCAUCCUCCAGAGUUCGGAGGUUGGGAGGCAGCUGCUUCUGUCCUGCUACACUGGUGUCCUGGAGUUUCCCGAGAUGGAGUUGGUGAACUACCUGACGGCGGCUAGUUUUCUUCAGAUGAGCCACAUUGUGGAGCGCUGCACACAGGCCCUGUGGAAAUUCAUCCGGCCAAAACAUCAGCUUGAAAACAAGGAGGAGGGGAAGCAGCCUCAGCAGACUGACUCUUCAGAGCCAAACGAGUGUCCGAGGCUGGGGAGUAAGGAGGAGGAGGAGGAAGAUGACUCCUUGCUUCCAGACUCUCCAUGCAUCCAACCCUCUGAAGACAGCCUGGACAUGGACGAUAGCGACAUCCAGAUUGUGAAGGUGGAGUCCAUUGGGGAGGUUGCAGAGGUCAGAAGCAAGAAGGACCAGAACCAGUUUAUUUCCUCAGAGCAGCAGAACAGCCUCCACUCAUCAGAGCCUCAGCACUCCCUCAUCAAUUCCACGGUGGAGAACCGAGCUGGUGACCUGGAGCAAGGCCAACUCCACAACUACACCCUCUCGUACAUGGGGGGAGACAGCCUCAUCAUGGCUUCCAAAGACAUGUUUGGCACCAGCAACCGGGGGGUGGACAAAGGCCUUCAGUGGCACCACCAGUGCCCCAAGUGCACACGUGUUUUCCGGCAUCUGGAGAACUACGCCAACCACUUGAAGAUGCACAAGCUUUUCAUGUGCCUGCUGUGCGGCAAGACCUUCACACAGAAGGGCAACUUGCACCGGCACAUGCGGGUGCAUGCAGGCAUCAAGCCCUUCCAGUGCAAGAUCUGUGGGAAGACCUUCUCGCAGAAGUGCUCCUUACAGGACCAUCUCAACCUGCACAGUGGGGACAAGCCCCACAAAUGCAACUACUGUGACAUGGUUUUCGCCCACAAGCCCGUCCUUAGGAAGCACCUCAAGCAGCUCCAUGGCAAGAACAGCUUUGACAACGCCAAUGAGAGGAACGUCCAGGACAUUGCCGUGGAUUUUGACUCCUUCAGCUGCAGCUCAGGCACAGACUCAAAAGGCUGCCAGCAGGCCGAGGCCAGUCAGGUGCUGGACACCGGGAAACUGGCGCAGGCAGUGCUCAGUUUGCGGAGCGAAAGCGCCUGA